AUGCAACCCACCUUUUCUCACUGCCAACUUGGUGGCCGGUUUGGCUUUGCACAGUCUAUCAUCCCUCCCGGCACGGAGCCCAACUUGCAAGCACUUAAUAACCCCUUUGUAGCGGCCACUAGGGAAAAAUGUGCUCUGUCAGUUUCCUUGGAUCUCAACAGGCGUCUUCUUCCCACUGCCACCUCCAGAAACAACGAUUUGGCACAACCAGCACCUUCAAAAUCCAGGUCAAGUGUGCAACCUAACACUACGUUCCACAAGAACCUGGACCCUGCUCUAUUGUCAGCUGGAGAUGUAUGUUCAGGAGCUGGAUAUACCGGAUCCAAAAGUUCAGAGGCAUCUACUGAUGACAAUGAUGACAAUGGAGGUCACGCUGAUGACAAUGAAGAGGAGGAUGAGGAAGAAGAAGAAGGCGAUGUCGAAGGCCAGGAGGUCAGAUGGGGAGCAGCGCAUGGGCACCUUACUGCACAUCCUGGUUUUUCAAAGGAAGUUGAGCCCUCACAACCUCAGGUCACCACUGCUCUUCCAACUUAUUUCGAAUUUCAACACUCACACGAUGAGGAUGAUAACAUGGCUGAUAAGAAUUUAGCAGCUGGCACGUCCAGUGACAAUGACAAUAUCCAGCCCACAGAGAAUAUUCCUGAUGAUGUUCUACAGCUUCACCACAAGCGAAAUGGACAUCCCCGCCUGCCUGAUCCUGCGAUCCUCAAUCUUUUGCGUCAGGCUGAGACCAAACCUCCUGAUUCCAAGCCGAGUGAUAUGAAUAUCAAAGCUCGUAAGGUCCUAAGGCUACACAGCUGGGAUGGUAUGGUCCUCAUUGAAAAGAGGUUCCUUGAGGAAACAAAGGGAGAGUGCCGUGUUCAGUGCGCGAUAGAACAUCUGUUCCCGACCUUCAUUGACGGCUUGUUGGGAACCAUCCCUGAGAUCCUUACAGCUUCGCUUGUACAAUGGCUCGAAAGCGGCCAACAAGUUGAAGGCAAUAUUUGGCCUGAUUACAAGCCUGAGAUGGCCAAGCUCCUGUUUGAAGAUCUAUCGACAUGGCACUCAGACCUCAAGAAAAUCGCCAUCAGUAUCACACCCUCUAUGUAUGACCUUGUCCCGCCAUCUCAUGUUUCCCCCCAAGAACGUGCUAUGUGGGUUGAAGAACGUGCUGCAAAACUACUUGAAUCGUUGUGUUAG